GUUAUAUAAGUAUUUUCUAGGUAUAGGAUUAAAGUGUUAAUCUCGUUUAUCCUCCCAAAGGCUUGCUCACUUAUCAAGCGCAAUUAAGCUACACUAGAUUUCGACCAGCCAUGGGGUCGAUCGGUUACGAUUACGACUUUAUCAAGCCAAGUUCCACCUCAAACGCCAGCCGACCGAUUGACGAGGCUCGUCCCCUGAAGGUCAUCUAUAUCGGGGCCGGUGUGUCCGGGAUCCUUGCCGCCAUUGAAUUUCUUAAAGCAGUGCCUUCGCUCGAGUUGGUCAUAUACGAAAAGAACCCUGAAGUCGGUGGAACGUGGUACGAGAACAAAUAUCCAGGAUGUGCUUGUGACAUCCCCUCUCAUGCUUACCAAUUGAGUUUUGAAUCAUGGACGGAAUGGAGCCAGUUCUAUUCCGGUGCACCAGAAAUCCUGCAAUACUGGAAAAUGGUGGCGGAGAAAUACCGUGUUCGCGAUUUCGUGCGGUUUCAACACAAGUGCGUGGAAGCCAGAUGGGACGAAUCCAGAUCAAAGUGGACGACAAAAUUCUUGAGGCUUGACUCAGCAGAACCUUCAAUCGUCGAAGACGAGGCUGAUGUGCUCAUCACUGGAACUGGUCUUUUGAACGACUGGAAAUGGCCUUCAAUUGAAGGUUUGCAAGAUUUCAAAGGACCUCUCUUACAUACUGCCAAUUGGGACGAAAGCUUUGACGUCACGGGUAAGAAGGUGGCCGUCAUCGGUGCUGGAAGCAGUGGCAUUCAAGUUGUGCCGGCGAUUGUCAACAAGGUUUCUGCCAUGGACCACUAUGUACGAGGCAAGACAUGGAUCUCCACUCAGUUUAGCCAGGACCUGUUGGAAGAAACAACUCACAAUCAGUCAUCAAAUUUCGACUACAGCCAAGAACAAAAGCAACAGUGGAGGGAUGAUCCGAAGAGCUAUAUCAAGUAUCGAAAAGACAUGGAAUUUGGACUACAGAGCACUUAUGACAACGUCAAACUUGGCAGCCAGAGCCACGCAAGGGGACGACGAAACUAUGAAAGACACAUGAGAGAACGGCUAUCGGCCAAACCAGAACUGGCCGAGCAACUCAUUCCAGACUUUCCACCACUCUGCAAACGACUCACCCCAGGUCCUGGAUAUUUGGAGGCCCUGAUGCAAUCACACGUCGCGCUAAUUUCGCAAUCAAUAGUCAGUGUCGAUGCCAAAGGGAUCACGACUGCCGAUGGUGUCUAUCGACAGGUGGAUGCAAUCAUUUGUGCCACCGGGUUCGAGACAUCUCCCGGUCAAGGCUUCCCCAUCUACGGAGAGGAUGGAGUCAACCUCCGCGAAAAGUACGCCGUACGGCCCAAAACCUAUCUAGGAUUGUGCACCAACAACUUUCCCAACUUUUUCCAGUCCCUGGGGCCAAAUUCCUUCCAAGGUGCUGGCACCUUGCUCGUCAUGAUGGAGCAAGCGCACAAGUACAUGGCACAGAUCCUUCGCCGCAUGGCUUAUGGUGACCUGAAAACGAUCCAGCCGAAGAAAAGACAGGUGGAGAAUUUCACAUCUUACUGUGACAAGUAUUUUGAAAACACUGUUUACACGGCCGGGUGUGCGAGCUGGUACACGACAAAGUUGAAAGACCCUACUGGUGCUGGAAAUGGAGCUACCAAAGUCACGGCGUUGUGGCCCGGUAGCAGUGUUCACUAUUUGCGAGCCAUGGAGUCGGUGAGGUGGGAAGACUAUGAAUUGGAGAAUAUAGAUACCUCAGACUUUGGAUGGUUUGGGAAUGGGAGGACCGUGGGAGAAGUUGGUGUCACCCAGGAUGCCGAAGCUCUGACCUGGUAUCUGAAUCAAACCAACUUUUUGGGCGACCUCUAUGUGGACAGCAACGCAUCUGAGAUUAUACCGUCGAAUAAUGGCUUCGUGGAGGACAGCAAGCCUCAGAUACAGGAAAAGGUCGAUCUUCUCGAUGUCACUGUCCCUAGAAUCGAGCCAGAGGCUACAUAUACACAGGAUGACCUGGCGAGAAGUGAGGUCAAAGGGGAGGUGCUUGACAUUCAAAGCCAACCUCUACUCCACUUGAAUGGCUGGAAUGAUGAGAAGGGCACAAAGAUCGAAUCCAUCCAUCAUAUUGCUACUCCAGUUUAGGGUAGCGACCAAAGAAAC